UUCAAAGUGUGUUUCUUUUGAUUUCCAGUGGUUUGUCAUGGCCAAAGAGCCAUUUUGAUGGAGUAGUGACGUGGCAGCCGGUUACUCUGCAGGUGUAAUUUCAUAAUGAAUUUAAAAUGGUACCUUUUAUUUAUUUCCACAUUAAUAAGUUCUUCAGUGACUCUUAAUGUUUCAUCUUCAACAAGUUCUUAUUUAAUGUUAGAUGAUAAAAUCCGUAUAAAGGAAAUUUUGGCACCAGGUUUAGAAUUAAGAGAAUUAUCAGAAGUUUAUUAUGCAGUGUCUGGAUAUAAACAUAUAAAAGAAACCAUAUCAAAAGUUGCUGAAAUAUGUGAAUUUUUGAUAAAAUCAAGUAAUGAUUCUUUAACAACGGAACAAAUUUAUUAUCUUGCUUGUACAUGGAAGUUACUUGAAAGAUGUCAACCCAAGUCACUUCCAUUAAGUUCAUUAACAAAGACUUUAACUGCAGUAUUAGAACAAGAAAAUUCUGUUUCAGAAUUAUAUUAUGCUAUUAAUUCUCUUGUAUCAUUUGGUCAGAAGAUUUCAGAUGCAAUAGUGGCCAAAUUAUUAAGAAUUUUGCAGACUAGAUUGAAAAAGGAUGAUAGUCCAUUAAACUUAGGAUAUAUUUUUCAUAUUGCUGCAAGAUUGGGAUCUGUUGGAAAUUUUGCUUUUAAUUAUAUCGAAGAUGCUAUUGUUCAAGCUGAUGAAGUUGAUGAUAAAUUUUUACAAUUUGAGGGAGGACUUUCUAUUACAAGUCAUUUGGUCAAUGGUAUAUUUAAACUUUCAUCAAUUUUAAAGAGAAAACCACCAUUAACCUCUCAUCAAAUUGUUAAAUUAGUGAAUUAUUUCUUAUCACGCCGAACUGUACAAACACCUAAGGGUGCUGUAAAUUUUCUUUCAUCUAUUAACAUUUUAGCAACUAACGAAUUUGAAAAACCAGUCUGUAUUGCUUUAUUUGAAGAUGGUACUGUUGUUUCUAUUAAGCAACCUCUUGUUCGUGUUAAGGUCUGUGAUCUUCUUGGUAACUCCUUAUCAUCAAUAAUAAAUGUAGUUGCUAAUACAGCUACAAAAAUAGGAGAUGAUACAGUUGUUAUUAAUAAGAAAACAUUUCAAUCAACUCCAAAUGAUAAAACAUUAUUUACCUUGAACUUUAUGGAUACCUUGCCUGAACCUGGAUUUUAUAAAAUAGUAUUGUCUGCAGCAUCAGUGGUUAAUACAGUUUCAAUAAAAGUAUUAACUGAAGUGAAAGUUGACUAUUUAGAGAUUGGAACAGCUGAUGCUGAUCAAACCACUCAGCCAAAAUUAGUCAAUGUUGUUAAUUAUAAAAAAUUAAAUGGGAAAAUUGAAGCAGAUUUUCAACAAAAACUUGUUAUUCGAUUUCUGUUAAAAGACGCUUUAAAAAAUAAACCAAUCAAAGUGCAUCAAGCUUUUGUACGUCUUUCAUCUUUGCCAUUAAAGAAAAAGAAUCGGGAAAUUAUAUUUGUAGCAGAAGUAGAUGCUUCUUAUGUUUAUAAAUUUGAUAUGCCUGUUGGUACAGCCGCAAAAAAUUUUGAUUAUCAAAGUGGAGUUUAUAGUAUUGAACUAAUUGUUGGUGAUGCUGUUGUGAGUAAUUCUUUUCAGUGGAAUUUAGCAGCUGUUAAUUUAAAAUUUCCCGAAUUAAUAAGUUCAGAAGUUGUUGAAAAAUCAACUUAUAAAAGAGAGCCUGAUAUAUAUUUACCAAAGCCAGAAAUUAAACAUAUGUUUCGAGAACCUGAAAAACGACCACCUGCAUUUGUUUCAAAUUUGUUUACUGCACUAUGUUUGUCACCAAUUCUACUUUUGAUAAUUUUAUGGGCUAAAUUAGAAGUUAAUAUAUCUAAUUUCCCAUUUUCUCUAAAUGCCAUUGUUUUUCAUUUAGGAUUAGGAAGUAUAUUUGUAUUGUUUGGAGUAUUUUGGUUAAAACUAAACAUGUUUACUACACUUCGAUACCUAUUUGGACUAGGAUUAAUCACUCUUCUUUCUGGCAAUAAAUUACUGUCGCAAAUUGCACACAAUCGUAAAACGUCUGGUUAAUUCUUCAUA